GGAGACUUGAAGUGCCGGCAGCUGCCGCAGCCAAAGCCAAAGCCGAAGCUGGCGGAGCUGCCGGGUGCGGACCGCGAGGGCGAGAGCGGCUGCGGGAGGCUGCUCGGGCCGGGAGCGCCGCGCCAGGUGCGUCGUCGCCCUCUUCGCUGGACCCGGCGCGACGCCGGCAGCCCAUGAUUUGGGAGUUACCCCUGGUGACAUGGAUGAAUCUGCACUGACCCUUGGCACAAUAGAUGUUUCUUACCUGCCAAACUCCUCAGAAUACAGUGUUGGUCGAUGUAAGCAUGCAAACGAGGAAUGGGGUGAGUGUGGGUUCAGACCUACAGUCUUCAGAUCUGCAACCUUAAAAUGGAAGGAAAGCCUAAUGAGCCGGAAAAGGCCAUUUGUUGGAAGAUGUUGUUACUCCUGUACUCCCCAGAGCUGGGAUAAAUUUUUCAACUCCAGUAUCCCAUCUUUGGGUUUGCGGAAUGUUAUUUAUAUCAAUGAAACUCACACAAGGCACCGGGGAUGGCUUGCAAGACGUCUUUCUUAUGUGCUUUUUGUUCAAGAGCGAGACGUCCAUAAAGGCAUGUUUGCCACCAACGUGACUGAAAAUGUCCUGAACAGCAGUAGAGUACAGGAGGCAAUCGCACAAGUGGCGGCGGAACUAAAUCCUGAUGGUUCUGCCCAGCAGCAGUCAAAAGCCAUCAGUAAAGUGAAAAAGAAAGCCAGAAGGAUCCUUCAAGAAAUGGUUGCCACGGUCUCCCCAACGAUGAUCAGACUGACAGGAUGGGUGUUGCUCAAACUGUUCAACAGCUUCUUUUGGAAUAUUCAGAUUCACAAAGGCCAGCUUGAGAUGGUGAAAGCUGCAACGGAGAUGAAUUUGCCACUUCUGUUUCUGCCAGUUCACAGAUCACACAUUGAUUAUCUGCUGCUCACAUUCAUUCUCUUCUGCCAUAACAUCAAGGCGCCCUACAUCGCUUCAGGCAACAAUCUUAACAUUCCCAUCUUCAGCACCUUGAUCCAUAAGCUUGGGGGCUUUUUCAUACGACGGAGGCUAGAUGAGACGCCGGAUGGACGGAAGGAUAUUCUCUAUAGAGCUCUGCUCCACGGGCAUAUAGUUGAACUACUUCGACAGCAGCAAUUCUUAGAGAUUUUUCUGGAAGGCACACGCUCCAGGAGUGGAAAAACCUCCUGCGCGCGGGCAGGACUUUUGUCGGUUGUGGUCGACACGCUAUCCACCAAUACCAUCCCAGACAUCUUGGUCAUUCCCGUUGGGAUCUCCUACGACCGCAUUAUUGAAGGUCACUACAACGGCGAACAGCUGGGAAAACCCAAGAAGAAUGAGAGCCUGUGGAGUGUAGCUAGAGGCGUUAUCAGAAUGUUACGAAAAAACUACGGAUGUGUCAGAGUGGAUUUUGCACAACCGUUUUCCUUAAAGGAGUAUUUAGAAAGCCAGAGUCAGAGACCUGUGUCUGCUCCACUCUCCCUGGAGCAAGCAUUGCUCCCAGCAAUUCUUCCUUUAAGACCCAAUGAUGCUGCUGAUGAAGGUGCAGACACGUCGGUUAACGAGUCCAGAAAUGCAACAGAUGAAUCCUUCCGAAGAAGACUGAUUGCCAAUCUGGCCGAGCACAUUCUCUUCACUGCUAGCAAGUCCUGUGCCAUUAUGUCAACACACAUCGUGGCCUGCCUGCUCCUCUACAGACACAGGCAGGGAAUUGAUUUCUCCACAUUGGUGGAGGACUUCUUUGUGAUGAAGGAGGAAGUCCUGGCUCGAGAUUUUGACCUGGGGUUCUCAGGAAACUCUGAAGACGUGGUCAUGCAUGCCAUCCAGCUGCUGGGAAAUUGUGUCACGAUCACUCACACCAGUAGGAACGAUGAGUUUUUUAUUACACCCAGCACAACUGUCCCGUCCGUGUUUGAACUCAACUUCUACAGCAAUGGGGUGCUCCACGUCUUCAUCAUGGAGGCCAUCAUAGCCUGCAGCCUCUACGCCGUUCUGCACAAGAGGGGCCCAGGAGGGUCUGCCGGAACGUCCCCUAACUCCAUCAGCCAGGAGCAGCUGGUGCGGAAGGCCGCCAGCCUGUGCUACCUACUCUCUAACGAAGGCACCAUAUCUCUCCCCUGCCAGACGUUUUACCAAAUUUGCCACGAAACCGUAGGAAGGUUUAUCCAGUACGGCAUUCUCAUAGUGGCAGAGCAAGAUGACCAGGAAGAUAUUAGUCCCGGUCUUGCUGAGCAGCAGUGGGACAAGAAGCUUCCGGAGCCUUUGUCUUGGAGAAGUGAUGAAGAAGACGAAGACAGUGAUUUUGGUGAGGAGCAACGAGAUUGCUUCCUGAAGGUGAGCCAGUCCAAGGAGCACCAGCAGUUCAUCACCUUCCUGCAGAGGCUCCUGGGGCCCCUGCUGGAAGCCUACAGCUCGGCCGCCAUCUUCGUCCACAACUUCAGUGGCCCGGUGCCGGAGCCCGAGUAUCUGCAGAAGCUGCACAAGUACCUGCUCACGAGAACGGAAAGAAGUGUCGCCGUCUACGCUGAGAGUGCCACUUACUGCCUUGUGAAGAAUGCUGUGAAAAUGUUCAAGGAUAUCGGGGUUUUCAAAGAGACCAAACAGAAGCGAGUGUCUGUUCUAGAACUCAGCAGCACGUUUCUACCUCAGUGCAACCGGCAAAAACUCCUAGAAUAUAUCCUGAGUUUUGUGGUGCUGUAGGUGCCUCCUGGCACCUGCGGCGAAGUGACGGGCACGGGACGCGUCCCUCGGAGGCUCCGGCCUCUGGCUCGAGAGUUGAAGGUGCCGGCAUGCAGCCCGGCCUGACCUGUGCUGCCGCGACCUGCAGGAAGACAAGUGCCUUCCCCUCCGGGGGCCUGUGCCUGCCGCUCCCUGAGAGGACACGCCGCCCCUGCGCAGAUGACCCUCGGGGCCGCGGCCUCCGCUUGCAAGUCGUCAGUAGAUGACGAAGUGAAAUCUCAAAAAAUCAUUUUGAAGUUUAUUAAAGAUUUACCCUUAAGUAGAACUGUUAAGCACUAAUUACUGUGAUGGGCACAAAUGUAGAUUCAUUCUAGAACCAAAUUUGUACAGCGUACUUAAUACUGUCCGGUAAUUCGUCCAUAUAUUUUCUGAUUAACAGUUAAUGCAUCCUUAAACAUGAUCCAGCCAUCCAUUCACUGUGUUUUUUUUUCCUUCCAGUUUUAUCUUUGUCAGUAGUAGCUACGUUUUAAAGGGGACACCUUUCAUCCCAAAGUGCUUUACAAAUGGACGGGCUGAUGUGUGUCACACCCAGCUAUCACUGUGCUGUCCUCUGCAGGCACAUUUAGAAAGCGUUUUAGAAACAUGAAAACAGAACAUGGGGUUAGGUCAGAGAUAGAGCUAAUGGGAUCAAACAGUUAACAUCAGGAAUAAAUCUGGCUGGCAAAAUUCAAGGUAAACACUGACUCUGAAAACUUUUGCUCAUAUAAAAAGUGCCAUUGAGUUUUAAAUGACCAGCAAGUAUUUAGGAACAACUCCUGUUUUGUGUCUGUGUCUACAGUUCCCCACCCCUCUGGCAGCCCCGCCUCUCACAGGUGCAGCUCUCUCUUCAAGAUCCUUCAGCUAAAUAGCACUUGGCCUAACCUGAUUAGCUUGGCCUGGCAGACUGGUAGCGGUAAGUGCCGGGGCUCUAGGCUGCUGCUUCAGGGCGCUCAUGUGCUGCGCACAGGUUGUGCACUGCCCCAGUCCAGGGUACUGGCACCCACUCAGGGUGUGUGGUGUCUAGCGUGUGUGGUACACGUGGUGGCCCCACUGCCAGGCAAGUGAUUGAAGGCAUUUAUGGAUUUUUAGCUAUGAGGAAACACCGUGGAUUUUUAAAAACAUAUAUGGGUUAUAUGCCGAAACCCUGAGGCCACACAGUGGCAAAUUACUAUGAAAAAUGGACUGUUCCUAAUGGGCAGGUGCCUUUUUAUGAGCAGGAGCGUGAUUGUUGCGGUAAUUACGGUGAUUUCAUAAAGAUCAUGUGAUAUUAAAACAUUUUCUAACAGCCUAUUGUUCCUUCUGUUCAUGGUAUUAUGGAAUUAGGAAUUUUUCCUGAUGGAAUACUGCAUAUAGUCUUUGAAUUUCAAGGUACUGAGAAUUAACUUUGUACUUUUAGUGUUUGGACUUUAAACACUAAUAGCAUCUCCUGAAUAUCCCGUGCGUGUCCGGAGAGGGAAGGGCACUGGUUGGUAUCUCACAGUGUGUGAAGUAUCUCGUUUGAAACUCCUAGCAAUAAUGCUGUGCUGUCGUGGUCUUCUCCCAGUCUUCUCAGAUUCCAUGUUUAAAAUGUAUUUGUUCUUUGUAGGAACUCCCGUCCCCUUAAGCCGUUGUCAGUGUCGCAGCGGCGCUGGUGUGGAGCGCGGCCUUCACCUUGUAGCACUCCAUUUCACUAACCGGGAGAGAGGAGGCUGCCUUCUUUGGGCCGGAGCUGUGCACAUGGGGGCCACCCGGGGAGGCUUAUUUAUCCCCGUGAGUGUCCCUUUUGUAGGCAGGCAGUCACUGCACUAGCCUCUCUCAUUCUCCCUCUAAAUUAGAGAUCAAGGAUUGCUCAGACUUCUCCUAGUUACCUGGAAGGUCAAGGUUGGGACUGACCGUGAGUGGAAUGGGCUGCACUGCCUGUGACCUCUGCUAAGAGCGCCCGCCAUGCCUGCCGGGCAGCACCAAUGGCUUCUCUGGCUUCGUUUCCCUUUUCAGUUGGUUUGUCUUCUAGAAAUCUAAUCAGAUGCUUUGGGGAAUGCAAGGUAUGAUUUGCUAGCUCUCUUGCAACGUAAUUCACUGUGAGAAUAAAUAUGCAUGCUUUUUGUCAUUCACUGGUGCUUUGAAAACCUUUUUUAAGGAAGAAAAAUCUCAACCAAAGUUCUGCUCAUCGAGACAGGCUGACCCUGAGUUAAUUUUAGCACAACUCAUUCUUCAGUGCCUCAUCACCGAGAAAGCAUACAUCAUCACAGUAAGGCUUCCAGAUAGCACUGUUCUGCUUAAAGAUUUAUUCUCAGUUUUCCAAAAGCGAAUGGCUUCCAUGUAAGAUUAAACAAACUAGGUGCUUGUAAAUAAUUUAUUACAGUUUACUCUACUGCAUUUCUAUAAAACUGAAAUGCAUGCCCUCCAGGGGAAGACUGUGAGUCAAAUUAAAAAACAAAAUCCAAUAAUAAGCAAUACGAAACUGCACGCUUUCAAAUGAAGACUGUCCUCACUGAUUUCAGAAAAGGGAAAGGAGUCUCUGCUCCCUUCACUUUUAAGAAAAACAAAAGGGAAGGCACUAGUGUGAACCGUGUGGCACUAGUAACAGAGAAAGUAUUCCAAUUCUUUCUUCUUGGAUUUGUUAAGUCUCUCGAAGUCAGAGAGGUGAGCGGAUUGCAAUGAAUGUGAACUCAGAUUGUGGAACUUGGGGUCAUCCGAAGGGGGAAAGCACGUCCCCUGGCUGUCCACGUAAUCUGAGUGCUCUGUGAGAUGCUCAUCGCUGUUUUGUAGAAGUGUUACUGGUAAAAAAAGUACAUGAAUCCUCUCUUUUUAGAAACUCACAGUGCUCUCCAGUGCAGCAAGGGCUCAGGGUGUGCUGGUCCCAAGCCUGUUUACCCAGCAUUUCCUUCCAGACUGUUGUGGCCCCAGGAUCUUUUCCCCUUUGCAGCCCUGUGAUCCUCCGCGAAGCCGUGGAAAACGUUUUGGGAAGCGCUGUGUUAAACAGCAACAGCAGGGGGCAGAGUUUGCAUGCAUUUUGUACAAUCUAACGUUCUCGUUAAUGAGUGUACGUUUUCUCCCCUGGAGACAAUAAGCACAGAAAACUAAUAUAGGUAGUCAGAUACCUUUCCUUUGAUGGAAAGGUCAGCUGUCAACGACUCUGGGUUUUUCCCCUUAAAGUAGCAAAAUUAACACAAGGAUUAACUGAGGUAAAGAAUGAAGAUUUUAACUCAGAUCUAGAGGAAAAUAUUGCACAAUUGAAUGCAGAUUUUUAUCCACAGAUAGUUCUAGUAUUUAGAAAUGAUAAGACCUAUCACUGAAGUUUAUAAGACCUAAUUUGGAUGUAAAUCUGUUUUUUAAAAGACUCUUUUUAGGAACUUAAGACUUGGCAUCUGGCAUUCUAGUUUAAUACAAACAAUGAUCGCAUUUGAAAGAAUUUUGACUUUAUUUCUAAACAUCUAAAGCUCUGAAAUGCCUUGAUGGAAGGUGUUAUUUUCCUGUUGUACAAAGAAAUGUUGAAUUGUGGUAUAAAAGGAUUACUAUAAAAUACUGUGAAAUAAUACUGUGUGAUUUUGUGAACGAAACCUAUUUGGAAAUGUCCAUUGAUUUUUAUGCCUGUUAAAUGUAUUGUCAGAAGCACAGAAGGGUAGUUUUGUUUUAAUAAACCAAAAAAAGAAUAUA